AUGGACGGGACGGCGGCAUCAUCAUCACGAACACGAACGACCUGGCCACGCGCACACCGCGUUAACCAUAAAUCCCGUGGCGCCCAAUCAGCACUCCGCGCCAGGCAAGAAUACUUCCUUGAUACCAGCUACUUGCUGGAUACCAUACCGAACUACAUGCCUGAUAUGAUAUGA